ACAAUGGAGAACAAGUUUUGGUUGACGUGGAAGAUAAAACCAACAAAGAGAUAACUGAGCACAUUAAAAAACUCUUGGGGAAAAGCAAAGAAACACUUGAAAAAGAGGAAAGAGAAAGGAAAAAACUAUCACAUCCAGCAACUUUUGGGCCCAAGAAGUAUCAUCUGCGAGAAUGCAUGUGUGAAAUUGAAGGCCAAGUUCCCUGCCCUGCUUUUGUGCCACUGCCCAAAGAGAUGAGGGGAAAAUACAAAGAUGCUAUGAAAAACGAAGCAGAAGCCUGA